AUGUCCAUUGAUAUACCAGAGUGUAAUUAUAAACCAGUGAUCAUCAUCGGUGGUGGACCUUGUGGUUUAGCCAUCGCUUCACGGUUAUGCGAGGCUACCCCAGGUGCAAUUUUCAGCAAUGGCGAACACUCAAGAUUCCAUUGGCUUAAGCAAAGAGGUGGUGGUAGUAAUGUUACAAAGAGUAAACCUAGAGCCAUUGGGUUUGAGGGGAAAUUCGACCCAGAUGACAUUCUGGUGCUGGAUAAAACUGGAGAUUCCUUCAUGUGUCAAUGGCACAACCAAUUCGAUGCAGUUAAGAUCCCACAUCUUAGAUCACCAAUGUUUUUCCAUCCUGACCCUUUGGAUAUCGAUUCAUUGGUUGCAUUUGCACAUUCACAAGGACGAGAAAAAGAGUUGAUGGAAAUACAUGGAGUUGUAGGGAAAGAGAUAUCCAAACAUCAUCAGAAGAAGACCAGGAUGAAACGUAAAUUGUCCAACUCAUUUGCCGGAUCUGGUCUUGUAGAGGUUGAUAGAAGGGACCGAACAGACUACUACAGACCAGGAUCAAAAUUAUUUGAAGAUUUUUGCUCAACUUUGGUUACCAGGUAUGGAUUGGAAAAUGUUGUCCAAAAGGCAACGAUAAUGAACAUCAGGUAUACACUUAUUAAUAAGAUCGGAGCCGACAAAGUUGAGUCAAAGAUGGGAUUUGCAGUUGAAACAUCAGAAGGUGAAACUUUUGGUUGUGAGUAUUGUAUUGGUGCUAUUGGUUUGUCCGGUAAGAUUAAUUAUCCUAUCAAUGGGCUCGGAGACCAUUUCCCAUACGGAUCAUGUCACACCACACACCUUUUCCAAAAUCAAAUCCAGUUACCACCUGAGAAGACAAUGGAAAGGAUACAGGAAGGUAAGCACACAGAAAUGGCAAUUGUUGGCGGUGGCUUAACAUCAGCUCAGCUCACUGAGCUUGUGCUUUCCAAAGGUGUUGAUAAAGUCCAUCUCAUUAUUCGUGGGGAAAUAAAGAUAAAGCAUUUCGAUUUCCACCUUGAAUGGGUUUCCAAAUAUCAAAAUUAUAUGAAAUCGAGCUUUUGGAUGAAAGAUUCAGAUCUUGAACGGUUUCAAAUGAUUGAAAGUGCAAGAGAAGGAGGUUCGAUGAAUCCACAGUAUCACAAAAUCGUUAUGAAUCUUGUUAAAAGUGGUCGAGUUGUAUUGCAUAAGUUCACAGAGAUGGUGAGCAACGACUGGGAUCAAGGAAUGCAAAAGUGGAAAUCCAUAGUGCUGAAAAGCAAGAUUACUGGAGAGCUGAAUGAGCUUUGCGAUGUUGAUUACAUUUGUUUCGCAACUGGUACAUCCCCUGACAUCACCAAUCAGCCAAUGAUGAAGACUUUACUCGACGAAUAUCCCAUUGAAACCAUUAAUGGAGUACCUUGUCUCACAGAUGACCUUCAAUGGAACUCUGAAGUACCCUUCUUUAUGCUUGGACGGUAUGCAAUGCUUAGAACUGGCCCAUCUUCUGCAAAUCUUGACGGUGGUCGUUUAGGUGCGGAGAGGAUUGGAUGGAAAGUUCAGGAUAUGGCAAGGAAAUCCCAGUUGAAGGAGAAACAUAGUAAUCCUGAGACUCUGUUAAGAUGCACCGGAGGUAGAUGUAACUGGUACAGCGUGUUGGGUGAAACGAAUGAAUUUGAUGGUCAGCAAAAGAUUCCGGCCAAUUGA